UCCCGCUGCCUGUGUUUAGCUGCAUAACAGACUCAUGUGGCACAUCAGAAAUUUAGCCCAAAUACAGAAAACGAAGGUAUAAAUAACAAAGUAGAUUCACCGGGAGAGUCACAGUUUCUGUCUUUCAAAAUGAGUGACGACGCAGACUCCCCUCCUGAGAGGGAAAUGAAGGAUUUUCAAUUUCGUCAGAUGAAGAAGGCAAGAGUUUUUAACCCCAGUGAUGAAUUGCCGAAGGAAAGAUCCAGUCUGCUCUCCAUCUCAAACAAAUACGGCCUCACAUUUGUCGGCCUUGAGAAAACAUUCAAAGUUUACCUGACUCAAGACAUCCUGGCAGCUGAUAAAAACGAUGGCACUUCCAAUGAAAUAGUCGAGGGGAUUGCAGCGCUGGCGGAGGUGACAGUGGAUCUCUCUCUGCACCACUUGGCUCUCAGCUGUGAUGAGCUCACGCUGUCAGCGUGUGGCAUGUCUGUGAGUGAGGGUUUGUCCCUCACUUUCUAUGAUGUCCGAACCUUCAUGAAUAAGGGAAGACCAGAGAAGCUACCAUUUGCAUCACUGGUGCCAUCAGUUCCCCCUGGUACUUUGGUUCAGGAUCUGAAGUGGAACCCUGCACAAGCGUCCAUGUUGGCUGCCUGCCUGUCUGAUGGCAGUAUGAUGAUAGUGGAAGUUACAGACACCGCAAAAGUUACAGCUGAACUACCUGCUUCAAAUGGCAUCACCUGCAUUUGCUGGAGCCCGAAAGGAAAACAAGUUGCUGCAGGAAAAAUGGAUGCCACUGUCAGUCAGUAUACACCAGCACUAGAACAAAAGAAAGUCAUCCCGUGUCCAGACUUCUACACUUCAGAUGAACCUGUCAAAGUUCUGGACGUGCUGUGGCUGAAAACGUACGUGUUUGCAGUAGUGUAUGCUGCUGCAGAUGGCUCUCUGGAGACCCCUCCUGAGCUCGUGUUGAUCUCCCUCCCUAAGAAGGAUGAGAAAGUCGAGACGAAGUAUUUAAACUUCAGCGACACUGUGUACGGCAGCUGCACGGAGAGACAGCAUCACUACUUCCUUAGCCACGUAGAAGACUGGGACCUUGUGUUUGCGGCAUCAGCAGCUUCUAUUGAAGUCAGCGUCAUCUCCAGACAAGAUGACAAGAUCUGGGAGCUUUGGAUCCUUGAGGAUGCGAGUCGGGCUGAACUUCCCGUGACCGAGACAAACGACGACACUCUUCCUCUCGGCUUAGCCAUAGACUUCACCAGCCAGCAGGAGAUCCACAUCACUGACGAGAAGACCCUGCCUCCAGCACCCACUAUGCUGAUGCUCUCCACUGAGGGAUUACUCUGCCCCUUCGCUCUGCUCAAUCUCAAUCCCGGGGUUAAGCAGCUGGUCUCGGCACCAACUACACUCGCCUUGGAGGGAGAGAGACUGCCCAAGCCUGGGUCUGUGGCAACACAAGCUCUUAAAGCUGCUGCCUCCGUCCCAUCUGCCCCAGCCUCGUUCCCAAGCCUCGGCCUUACUUCAGCAGCUGUUUCCACUCCUCCGCCUGCUGCUGCCUCCUUUUCCGCUGCCCCAUUCAGCAUCGGCUCCACAGCGCCUGUAUCCUCAUCGUCGUCGAGCUUCACUUUCUCAGUCCCAUCUACGUGCUCCAGCUCUAUGCCAUCGGCGUUCUCCCUGGGAGGAGGGGCAACGACUGCAUUUGGCUCUGGAUCAAGUUUUUCCUUCGCCUCCAAACCUCCUUCUGAAACUCCUUCGGCCUCUUCUGCGUUCUCUUUUGCACCGGCCAUCAAACCAUCAGCAGUGGCAGCUCCGUCUCCUGUUCCAGCUCCGUCUCCGGCUCCGGUUGUAGCUCCUACUUCAACUUCAACUCCUGUCCCAACUCCAACACCACAGAGCCUUGCUGCUCCCUCUCCACCAACUGUGAAACUCAAUCUAAAUGGGAGGUUUUCAGCUGUGGAGGCCCCAGCAUCGGCCCCUCAGCCAUUCUCCUUCAGCUCCCCUCUCCCCAAAGCGAUUGUCCCCAGUGGUGUGACUGCACCACAACCUUCAGCCACCAAGCCACCAGCUGUGCUGGCUCCAGUGCGUCCAGUUCAAACCAGUACGCCACCUGCAGUCGUCCAGAAACCUGCUCCUGCCAUUCAGAGCCGUGUGCAAACUCCACAGGCAGCUGUAAGCGUGAAGGCUCUGGAGAAACAGCUACAACAGAAGAAAGACUCCGAUCCAAUUAUGACUGGUAUACUGGAGGAGAUUGCACAUUUCCAGAAGGAAUUAGACGACCUGAAGGCAAGGAGUUCAAGAGCCGACUUCAAGGUGGGAAGCAAUGACGAGAUGAAGGAGUUAAGGAAGGAGUCAGAGGAUCUCCAUAUUUUCACGCUGGAGAUAAAGGAAACUACAGAGUCUCUCCAUGGGGACAUCGGUACCCUGAAGACCACCUUACUGGAAGGGUUUGCUGGGGCAGAAGAAGCCAAAGCUCAGAGUGAGCUGAGCAAAGACAGAAACUACAGACAGCUGCUUUACAAAAAACCUCUGGACCCACGCAGUGAAGAGCAGCUGAAGGAGAUCCGCAGGCUGUACCAGUAUGUCAUGUUUGCUGUGGAAGAUGUCAACGACGUGCUGGAUGUGGAGUGGGAGAAACACCUGGAGAAGAAGAAAAAGCAGAAACACAUGGUGGUGCCAGGGCGAGAGGGUCUGUUCACCACACUCUCCAACAACCUGUACAUCAUCAACCAGCAGAAGAACAGAUUGGAGCAGCUGGUGAAGGAACUCACUUCACUGCGUCUGUAUAACAAGACCACUGCUCCAACAAUAGACAGCAGCUCUGCUACAACUGCAGGUAUGGAAAGUGAGCUGGAGAGUUUGAGGGAUGCACUCCUGAAGGCCAAGCUCGACAGCACCUCUCCUAAGACCAAAUCCAAAUCUCCAGCCGUCAAGAUCUCCCCGGUGAAACAGUCUCAGCUGCGUAACUUUCUCUCAAAGGGUCAGAUGCCUCCUGUGCGCUCAACUGCUCCAGCCAACCUGUCCCGGUCUGCCUUCCUGUCUCCUAAAUAUUACGAGGACUUGGACGACGUGAGCUCUACGUCUUCCCUGUCCCAGUCCCUGGAGCCUCACCCUGCUCACCUGGAGCUGGAGGAGGAGGAGGAGCUACAGUCAGAACCGUUUCCUCUACCUGUCCUCCCUCCAGCUUUAACCACACCUCGCCACCCAACAGUCGUGAGGACCCCGUCUAUCCAGCCGGGCUUUGGGGCCAUACAGUCGACCCCUUUAACCAAACUUCACUCAGUUCAGGGCGUGGGCUUUGGACUCAGCCCUAUAGCCAGCCCUGUUCCAUCCAAUAAGAUCAACCUGAGUGGGGCAGAUAGCACCGCUCUGGCCACAAAGACGGUAAAACAUGGAGCCCCACCAACAGAGAGGAACAUCCCCGUCACCAUCCCGGCCCAGCAGGCGGCUGCCACAGCUGCUCUCCGCAGACAGAUGGCCAAUCAGAAACCAGCUGUCAUCAGCACAUCCUUGACAGAGUCCACAUUGAAGACAGUCCCUCAGGUGGUCAACGUCCAGGAACUCAAGGAUAAGGGGUCUCCUGUUGUUUCCAACAUCCUCAGCUCGUCAGUAGCCGAUCCAGCAGCUCAAGCGUUUGCUGCAGUCUCUGCUAACCACGCCAAACGAAAUCCUACACAAGGUAUCCAGAAGAUGUCCUCUGAAAGUACAACCACCCCACAGUCAGGCUUUGUGUUUGGUCAACCAUCAAAAACUGAUGUUUCUGCAGCUUCUUCUGCGAUGGAGCAGAGCAGCAGCAAAGGUUUCUCUUUCUCAUCUGGAUCUUCAGGCUUCAGUUUUGCUGCAGUAACACAGGGAUCUGGGGCGUCACAAGGGAAGGAUGUGAACAAAUUCACCUUCGGUGGGAACGGUAAAAUGAUGUUUGGCCAGUCAGUAGAGGAGCCGUUCUCUCUCACCCCCAAGUCCACCUCCCCUGCUCUUGGCACUGCUUCACCCACCUUGUCUGCAAAUACACAAGGAGAAAAACCCUCCUCUUCCACGCCUGCCCUCAGGGUUGAUCCACAGCCUCCUAAGACAGCCGGAGGAGAGACUCUAGGCAGUUUUUCCGGUCUACGUGUCGGCCAAGGAGAAGAAGCUAAAGAUGCAUCCACAAAACCACCAGCUGCAUCGUUUGCAUUUGGAGAAACUGGACUGAGCACAAGUAAGGGAGCAGCACAGUUUAGCUUUGGUGCAGCUCUGCAAAAGUCUGUGGAAGAUUCUACUGGAGUAGAUUUAUCUAAGGGGGCAACGUCGGGGAGUUUGUUCAAGCCUCCUGAAUCAACCCCAAAGCCAGCCUUCGCUGUCCCUCAGCCCAGCUCCGCGGCUGCAGCUUUACCCACAUCUUUCAGCAGUCUUCUGGCUGCUCCAACAGAGUCCACAGAGCAACCAAAGGCCACACCACCACCUUCAGAGCCCACGCCUCCACCUGAGAAAGAGCCUGAUCCUGAACCAGCUGCUGAGCAUGCAAGUCCGCCUGUAUCAGCUGAGCCACCGGCAGAUUCAGCCUCCACAGAAACCGCAGCAGCGACAGUUAAAGCGCCAACACCUGCACCAGCUGCAUCCACCCCAGAGCUUCCCCCUUCUAUCACCCCACCAGCUGAAGAAACCCCACCACCACCCCCUGCAAGUGUAACUCCACCAACAGAAGCUGCCGCAGAGACCACCGCGCCUGCUGAUGCUCCUGCACCAACAUCGACUGCUACUCCCACUGCUCCCUCUGCUCCCUCUGCAGCCGUCACUCAGGCAGCUCCAGCAGCAUUUCAGGCACCCAGCUCUGAAAACCCAGGCUCCAUUUUCACCCAGCCUGCACCCGCAAUCACAGACAGCAGCACAGUGGAAGCCACACCAGUUAUCAGCACAGCGGCCCCUGCAGCAGCCACUGCCACCCCUACAGUCGUUAGCAGUACAACAACGACUACAACUAGUUCUGUGUUCGGGCAACCUGCUGCAACCCCAGCUACUUCGGCCCCCGCAGCCCCUACAGCAACAGGAUUUGGCUCUGCUGGGUUUGGCUCAUCGACUGGAACUGGCUUUGGCAAAUCUGUAUUUGGCCAGGUGAGCAGCUUCGGUCAGCCCGCCAGCAACACGGGAACAGCCAGCGGCUUUUCUUUCGGCCAGUCUGCGUUUGGAACAACUUCUAACAGCGCCACUACAGGAGGUGGUCUUUUUGGAGCCCCCACAGCCACCAAUGCCAGUUCAUUCUCCUUUGGCACGAGCAGCGCCAACACAGCCAGCAGCACCGGGUCAGGGCUGUUUGGUCAGACCACAGCGCCAGCUUUUGGUUCAAGUUCUGGAUUCGGGCAGGGGUCUGUGUUCGGGAGCAACACCACCACAUCCUCGUCUUCAGGAUUCAGCUUCGGACAGCCCUCAGCUUUUGGCUGCUCUGCUGCCACUCCUGUGUUUGGCUCACAGCAAAGCAGUGGAAGUGUGUUUGGACAGCAGCAGCCAUCAUCAGGUGGGGGUCUGUUUGGUGCAGGCUCAUCCAGUACAUCGGGUACAACUGGAGGGGGAGGUUUCUUUGGAGGCCUGGGAGGCAAACCGAGUGAAGAGGCUGCAAACAAGAACCCGUUUGGCACCACUUCAGCCACCGGCGGGUUUGGACAGUCUACUCAGACAGGUACCAACAGUCUGUUCGGGAAUAGCGGCGCAAAGACCUUUGGAUUUGGACAAUCCUCUUUUGGCGAGCAGAAACCGAGUGGGACCUUCAGCACUGGUGCAGGGACUGUCGCAUCGCAGGGAUUUGGCUCCUUCUCUACUCCACAAAAACCAGGAUAA